AUGUUGUCUUACUCAUCCUACAUACUCACAGCAAUAGCAGCUUUGUUAGUGACUUGCCAUGCACAGUGUAAAUGUACAGGAAUUUCUGAGUUAGGGACUGGCUCUGGACUGUUUGGAAAAGCUGGUGUGCAAGGACGUCUAGCAGGUCUAUCAGGUCCAUCUGUUUCUCUGAACACUGAACUCUGGAAUGUAUUAGUAAAUUUGAAACAUCGAAUUUCCAGACUUGAAGGCGUGCUUUUUUUGAAUGGGAAAAUGAGACAAGUAGGCAACAAAAUAUUUGCUAGCAAUGGGAAGAAUGUUGACUUUGCAUCUGCACUAAAAUUCUGUGAAGAGGCUGGAGGAACUCUUGCAACUCCCACAAAUGAGGAGGAGAAUAAAGCUAUUUUGGGCAUUGCGAAAGAGUAUAACCGAUAUGCUUACCUGGGCAUUAAAGAAAGCGAGACUUCAGGUCAAUUUAAGUGCCUAAGAGGGGGGAAUCUGCGCUACACCAAGUGGCGCUCACACGAGCCUAAUGGCAAAGGGACAGAAAAAUGUGUAGAGAUGUACACUGACGGGAGCUGGAGUGACAAAAAAUGCAAUCUGUAUCGCCUGACGAUCUGUGAAUUUUAA